UCUUGAACAGAAGCUACUCUCUCCCCAGACGUCGGUUGCAGCCUCCUCGAGUUUCCCUCGGAGCUCAUUGAUACGAUUCUUGGAUACUUGUCGCCAAUGGAGCUAUCCAUCGUCUCUCAAGUUUGCCGAAGGCUUCAUGAGCACGCGGAUGCCGAUAUCCAUUGGCAACGAUACGUGCAUUCCAACCUUCCUGGCAACCCGAUUUCGUCUCCGUAUCCCUUCAAGACUUUCCGAGAGCUCUACAUCUGCCAUGACCCAUACUGGUUCAUCCCGAAGCAUAAGUUUUGGUUCUCCGAUCGACAUCUGACCGGCCAGAUGAUUGUGGCCCAAUAUGACCAGCGCCGGGGGGUCAUCGAAGGGUACCAACUUCUUGGUAUCCGAAACCGAGACGGCAGUGAACCUUGGGACGAGGAUCAAGGCGUGCACAUCCAUUACUUCGAGCCCAUUGUCAAGCUUCAUCGCGAUAAACCGAUACUCCAGUUCAACACCUCGAGCUUUCAGAAUCUCGUUCGAGAAGAGUCGUCGGCAGGAGGCUCCAGCUUCACGCGGACGCGCCAGUUCCAAGCGGAAAAGCCGAUGCUGAUGAACCAGGGAUCGGAUCCUCGCUUCAGCAAUGUCAUUCUCGCGAAGCCUCUCACGGAGGCUAUUUUGCAGGAGAGAAUGCUGUCCGAAUUUCCGUAUGGAAACGUGUGGCCUCCGCCCCAAAUACCGGCGGCACAUCGAGUGCCUGGCCAGGCAAUGGGAGUGUUUCCGAGAUCAAGUCGUAAUAUUAGGCCACCGUUUGCAUCCACGGAUAGACCCGCGAAUCGUUCGGAGAUGUCGGAUCAGGCUUUCCACGUUCGACAAUGGAUGGAAAUGGGCCAGCCAGCAUUGGGAUUACAUCACGGGGAGGAGAUAGUGACCUACUCAACUCUCGAUCCCGCAUUAUACACCCCCACAGCCGAGAAGCCUUGGAGGGGUGUAUGGGUUGGCGACUACAGCGGACACGGCUGCGAGUUCCUUCUUAUCCACCAGCCAGAUAAUGACAACGAGACAGACGACGAAGCGCUCGUGCGCGAGGAAAACGAGACGGAGCAUGCAUUCAAUGAGCGGUUUCGCAACGAACGAGUGUACAGGGGCAGAUUGGAGGCCAUCAAACUAACAGGCGACCCGAAUGUACCCCGCGGCGAGUACACAUUUGUUGCCGACAAUCUUGCCAACGACGGGAUUGUCGAAAUUGCUGAACACCCGCCGUUCGCGGGUGCAAGGAUGGUUAAAAGCAGGGGCCACAUUGCGUCAAUGGGAUUUCUCUAUGGUAUUGUCCCACCGUGUAUGAUCGAGUUUGGUGGGAACACUGUUGACACUCUCGCAGAUAAGUUCGUGGAGUCCCGGUUGAUCCUCAUAUCGCAUGACUGCUUGGCGCAAUACUGGGUGGGCUUUGGACAUAUCAGCUAUUUUGAGCGGGUCGAUAUUGACCAAUUUCUGAAGCCGUGAUAUUGGUGAACAUAGCUCAUGGCAUCUCCCAAGACUCGGUUUCUGCAU